GGGGGUGGAUGGGUGGGCCGGGGUCCGUCUGUCUGUCUGUCUCUUUUCUCAUAAAUUCUACCAGGCAAACUCUUACUCAUCCUACACAACCCUUGGCUUUUUUGCCCUCAGGAAGUUGUCUCAAAUCUUAAGAUUUCCCUUUUGGGGGGCUCUCCGGCCUCACCAUCCCUGACUGUUCCCUCUGGGAGUAUGUGGGCGUCCCAUGGCAGAGGGGGGAGACCGGGGGGUGCAAGGCUUGGGACAUCCCUUGCCACCUCACCAGCACCACCGACAUGUGAUGCAGGCCCCCAAAUACCCCCAGAUGACCUCUGAGGACCAGCUCCCCAAGAGUUCCGCCAUCAUGGAGACUCCGGUCCAGCUCAAGUCCUGCUUCCACGGCCUUUCUUCCCUCAGGUUCCCGGAGCACCUUCUAGAUCUCCUCCCGGAGCACCUCAUGAAGCAGCUGGGAAUUCUCAACCUCCUGCUCAAGGAAGUCCAGCACAAUAUCCAAGAACAUCACAAUCAGGUAAACAGUUUCUUGCGGCAGAUGGAGAAGUGUAAUAAACUCCUGAAGAAACAGACCACAGAGCUGGACCUGGGCUGGGCUGCAGAAGAGCUAGCAGGCCCCAAACUCCCCCAGUGUGCCCCAGCCAGGAGCCCACAGGAUCCCCCAGACACAGCGGACCCCAAGUCUUCCGACCGGCUGCCCCAGGCCCUGCGGGGGGACGAGCGGCCCCCACCCCAUGACACCAAACCCCAGUUCUGGCACGACGCGCUCACGCAGGAGCUGCGGCGUCUCUUCCUCCGGGCCUCUCACUCGGAAGUGACCGCACAGGUUGGGGGGAGCAAGGUGCUGGAACCCAGUGACCUGGGUGAAUGGGAAAAGGAACCGGAAGAGGAGGAGGAGGAGGUGGAAGAGGAAGAGGAGACGAUGACCCUGGGGAAAAGAGUCCGCUUCCAAACUGGACAGUUCUAUAGUCACCAGCCGGUUUCCAUGGUGGCCAAAUCUAUCCUGUGUCCCCCAAAAGACAGCCCCCAGCCCCCCGAGUCCCAGGAGUUGCCUGAUGCCAUGGGUCCAUUUCUGAAGCCCCUAACCUGGGACCCCGAGGACUUCGAAGACACCUGGGACAGGACGGCGGCAGAGCCCGGGCGCUCCAAGCGGUUCGCGGUCCCGCACCGCGUGGAGAAGGUGCGGGUGCUAAACCACGGGGAGCCGGUGCUGUCCGCGGCGGUGAGCAGCUUCUCGCGCCACGCCUUCAGCUGCAGCAAGGGCGGCGUCAAGGUGUGGAGCCUGGCUGGCCAGAUGGCGGAGGACAGGUUCCCCGAGAGCCACCUGCGGCCGGCGCCACAGGGGUCCCCGGCCCGCGGCUCCUACCUGCGCACCUGCCUGCUGGCCUCCGACAACAGCACGCUGCUGGCGGGCGGCCGCCACCUGGCCGGCGUGAAGCUGUGGGACCUGUCGGCGUCCUCGCUGUACGUGAAGAGCGAGCUGCCCUGCCCCGCCCUCUCCUGCCAGUCCCUGGCCGCCAAGGUGGAGGAAAACUUGGUCCUGGCCGGCUUCAGUGAAGGGAUCGUCCGGGUGUGGGACCUGCGGGUUCACAGCGGGAUCAGGGACAUCUCCUGCCCCCUCAAUGGAGCGCGAAGCCUGGCGGUGAAGAGCCACAAGGUGUGGGCGGGGGGCCUGGACGCGUGUCUGCGCUGCUGGGACCUGCGGAUGGCUAAGGAGUUAAGGAAAUUCCCAUUCAACUCUCAGAUCAUGAGCCUGUGCCAGAGCCCCCAGGACGACCAGCUGAUUCUGGGCCUGGCCAAUGGCCAGCACUGGCUGCAGCCCUCCGCCGAGACCCCAGCACACAUGGCGGGGAGUAAGGGGGAACUCAUUCUCGGGGUGACAUUCUCCCCGUAUGGGCAGUGGUGGGCCAGCGUCGGCAUGGACGACAUGGUGACCGUCCACGCCAUGCCCACGGGAGCCAAGGUCUUCCAGGUCCCCGAGACUUCCGGCAUCAACUGCUGCGCCGUGUCCUCCAGCAACCGUCUGGUGGUCACCGGCUCCCAGCACCACGCCACGGUGUACCAGGUCACCUACUGAGCGCCCGGGCACCCACCCAGCUCCAGCUGGGGUUCCCUGCUCUCCGGAGGAUGUGGGGGAGGGGAAGGAGGAGUGUUUGGGGGGUCCCACAGUCUCUGA